GCAAGAGGGAGGUCUCCACCAACUCCUAUCCAUCACUGCCAUUCUAUCUAAAGCGAACUAAACCCAUAUUACUUUUCUUCUCUUCUUUUUUUAUUUUUUAUUUUUUCAGAAAAAGUAACAAAGACAAAAAUGGGAAAAUUGUUGGCGGUGAUCAAGGAUUGCAUUGCAGUUUGACGUGGUAUGUGGUGAGUGGGCACGGUAGGUGAGUGACAGAUGCUCUGCUCCUCCGCGCUCGCUCCAGAUAUAUGCACUUAGUUGGAAGGUCUCAACAACACCCUCCCUCCCUCCUAAAUAAGCACUCUUCCUCUCUCCUUUCAUUCUCCUUCCCAUUUCCCAAUUUCCACCCAUCUCUGUGAAUUCUUCCCCUUUCCCUUGCCUCCAUCUCUCUCUACUCUCUCUCUCUCUCCGCCCUCCCUCUGCUAAAGUACGCUGGUAGCUGGCAACACCCACAUUUCCAGCGCAGGUGUGCCAGGCGGGGCCCAACGAAGAGCGAACAUGGUGGUCAACGUUACCGUGAGGGAGUCAACAAUGGUAAAGCCGGCGGAGGCGACGCCGAAGAAGGCGCUGUGGAAUUCGAACGUGGACCUGGUGAUUCCGAGCAUUCACACGCCCAGCGUCUAUUUCUACAGGCCGAAUCAAAACGGUGGGUCCAACUUCUUCGACCCGGCGGUGCUCAAGCACGCUCUCUCCAAGGCCCUUGUGCCGUUCUACCCCAUGGCGGGGCGGCUGAAGCGCGAUGACGACGGCCGUAUCGAGAUAGAUUGCGGCGGCCAGGGUGUUCUGUUUGUUGAGGCGGAGACGGGCUCCGUCCUCGAUGAUUUCGGGGAUUUCGCUCCCACGCUGGAGCUCCGGAGGCUCAUCCCGGCCGUUGAUUACUCCGCUGGCAUAUCGACUUAUGCGCUCUUGGUGUUACAGGUCACGUACUUCAAAUGCGGAGGAGUGUCACUUGGUGUUGGAAUGCAGCACCAUGUAGCAGAUGGAUUUUCUGGUCUGCACUUUAUUAACACAUGGUCUGAUAUGGCUCGUGGUCUUGACCUUACAAUUCCUCCAUUCAUCGACAGGACAUUGCUUCGUAGCCGAGACCCACCUCAGCCUGCAUUCCACCACAUUGAAUACCAACCUGCUCCACCGAUGAAAACCCCUCUGCAAAGCGCAAAACCUGGUGCUGCAGAUACCACCACAGUCUCCAUUUUUAGAUUAACGCGGGAUCAGCUCAACAUCUUGAAAUCCAAGUCUAAGGAAGCCGGGAAUACAGUCAGCUAUAGCUCAUAUGAGAUGUUCUCAGGUCAUGUUUGGAGAUGUGUAUGCAAGGCACGUGAACUUCCCGAUGAUCAAGACACCAAACUAUAUAUUGCCACUGAUGGAAGGUCCAGACUGCAACCACCACUCCCACCAGGUUACUUUGGCAAUGUGAUUUUCACAACAACACCAAUUGCUGUUGCCGGGGAUCUCCAAUCAAAACCAACUUGGUAUGCUGCCAGCCGUAUCCAUGAUGCUUUGGUCCGUAUGGAUGAUAAUUAUCUUAGAUCAGCCCUCGACUAUCUUGAGCUUCAGCCUGAUCUGUCUGCCCUUGUUCGUGGAGCUCAUACAUUUAGAUGUCCAAACCUGGGGAUCACUAGUUGGGUUAGGCUGCCAAUCCAUGAUGCCGACUUUGGAUGGGGUCAGCCCAUUUUCAUGGGACCUGGUGGAAUUGCAUUCGAGGGGUUGGCGUUUGUAUUACCAAGUGCAACCAAUGAUGGGAGUUUAUCGCUGGCCAUUUCUCUGCAAUCCGAACAUAUGAAAUCCUUUUCAAGGUUGUUGUAUGACAUAUAAGGAAACGAUAUGCCUGAGAAGUUUAGUCUGGUUUGAGUUACGGCCAGCCGGUCAUCUUCAGGUUUGCCUAAAUUUUCGAAAGUGGUCGUGUUUCUUUCCUAGUGCUUUUUUGCUCAUUCAUGGCUAAUGUCAGUAGGAAUACUUAUGUCGGUUGACUAUUUGCUCGACCUGAUACAGAACAUAAGUUGCACACAUCUAAGGACUUUGACAACAAUUCUAUUACUCAUUGGAACUAAAUUUACAUAAUGUUUAAUUUUGUUAUGUCACUUUGGUUACAA